GAGAGAGAGAGAGAGAGAGAGAGAGAGUCUGUUAUCUUAAUCAGUUGGAAGUCUAGAAUCUUACAUGAAUAAGCAAACAUGCACUUCCGUUUUUCUAGGACAUUGUGGUAUUCCGUAGGCAACUUCGUGGAGCAGAAUAACAAAUAACAAAAUCAGUUUAUCAGUUUACAAAAUCUAUCCGCUUAGCAUAUCAACCACAACGACCUGGGACAGUCAGACACAAUGUCUGGGUUUGAUAAUAGCAGUUAUGGAAUGCAAGAUUCGUGAUGUCAUCACACUGAAACGUACAUCCUCGCUCGAGCCACACCACAGAGCAGAACGAGCUUUACUCUGACUGUUCAGACCGCGUCCUGAGACUUCACAUGCGAAAACAGGCAGCUGACGUUAUGGAAAUCAAAACUAUCCUGUUUGUUAUUCUGAAUGCGCACACAUGCACUGCCAUCUUUAACGUUAGUGCUGAAGACAGUUUAGCUGAAACUGCAACAACUGUUCAGCCGGUUCAUCCACAGGAUCCUCAUGAUAAACCCAGCGGCCCCUCUGGACGCAGUUUUUUUGUUCAGCGUGUCUAUGAAACCCAGACUGAUGAGCCGUUUGAGUACAAUAUGGAUGAGACAUCGCCCGACUCUUCUUUAAUGCCAAAUAAAACUCAUGAAGAGAUACGCCAGCAAGCAUCUCAGUCUAAUAAAAGAGCACAUCCAUGUAUUAACACUGAUCUGAAUGCAGCAAAAUGCAACCGGACUAAAGUGCUGGUAUUCAAUAUCUCAGACGAAGCUGCUGACUUCCUUAAAGGCCCAAUGGCCACACGCAUCAUGCCCUCGUUCUACAUCAUCAUCUUCCUCAUUAGUUUGCCCCUGAAUGCUUUGGCCUUGGUAACGUUCACCUGUAAGAUUCGAGAGAAGAAACCAGCAGUGAUCUACAUGUCUCACCUGGCGUGUGUGGACCUGCUCUUCACCCUGCUGCUACCUCUGAAGAUCCACUACCAGCUGAACGCUUCAGAUUGGGUGUUCGGUGAGGCGGCGUGUCGUGUGAUCACUGCAGCUUACUACUGCUACAUGUACUGCUCCAUACUGCUGCUGAUGAUGUGCAUAAGUGUGGACAGGCUGCUGGCUGUGGUGUUUCCCAUCGCCUCUCUGACCUGGAGGAAAGCAAGGAAAGCCACAUUCAUAUGCACAUUAGUCUGGCUGCUGGCGCUCGCUGGUACGGUGCCACUUCUCUCAAUGAGACAAACAUUCAAGAUUAAGAAUGUGGGCGUCACGUGCCAUGAUGCGCUGAUCCAUGAUGAUCCUAAGGAUCAGCUGUACAUGUACCUGUUCUUCAUCCUCUCCUGCCUCUACUACUUUGUGCCAUUUAUUGUCACCUUAGUGAGCUACUCUACCAUCAUAUAUGCGCUCCGUACCAAGUCUAAUCAAUUAGCAAAAUCCUCAUCGCUCUCAGAAAAAAGAAGGAGAGCUGUGAUUAUGGCUUUCACCGUGCUGAUGGUGUUUGUGAUAUGCUUUGCUCCAACCAAUGGCAUCCUGUUGUACCACUGUGUUCAAUUAGCUACUACUAAAAUCAACAGCAGGGAGGGAGAUUCAUCAUAUGCGGCUUACCUGGUGGCUGUGUGUUUGGGGAGUGUAAGUGUUUUUCUGGACCCUCUGCUGUACUACUAUGGCUCGUCUCAGAUGAGACAGAAGAUCAACUCUGUGUUUUGGUGGAGAUGGGGGAAAACCACCUUAUCAAAUUCAAACACUCAGACAGAAUCCUCUCAUGUGAGUUGUGAGUACAGUCAGGCACGCAUUAAGAUGUGAAUUGUUUCUACAUAGAGCUAAUGAAAUUUCAGCAGUUGUAUACUCAUAUAUUUUACUAUUGACAGAAGAUUGAAUUCAAAGUUAUCUCUAUUUUGGCUACAAAUCCUGAUUUAUGUUAAAGCAGGAUUAAUAUUCCUUCCAUGCUGUUGCUGUAAAAUUAGAGUUAAGUGGCAGUGAAUAGAAUAUUGUAUAGCAGACACUUUUUAAAAAGAUGCUAUUUUAUCAUUUAUUUGAUACACUUACAUCUAUUUAUCUAUUUAUUAUACAUAUAAGGGCUUUAGACUAAAAUUUGUACAAAUGAAUAGAUAAUAAAACAGAUCAUGUUGUUAUUUAAUAUUUUCUGCAAUAUUAAUCAGCAUUUUCUAAAAGUUAAGCACCUACUUUCACUAAAUAUUUGUUUAGAAAGAUAUAAUAAAAACAUUUCAGGCUCCAUUUAGUGUCUGUUUGUGGAAAGUGCCAGCAGUCAAAAUACAACAAAUAUAAAAAGCAGUCAAUCCCAGAGAGUGUGUGCAUGGGUGGGUGGAACAAAGCCAUGCUGCAGUCACUGUAAUUAAUUUUAUACAUAAAGACAUGUUAUCUGUGUAUAUUAUCAGACUUUUUUCCAUGUCUGUGUUCAGUUAAGAUAUAACCUCUUUUGCUUUACAGGAUCACUGCACUAUAUUAAAUUGCCGGUUUUAAUUGACAGCUUGAAUUUGUAAAUAUCAUCAUAUUAAAUUAUAUGUGCAUAUGAAUUAUAUAUAUAUAUAUAUAUAUAUAUA